ACCGCCCGCCCAUCUCUCUCGGCGCUCUCACCAUCCUCCACUCCCCGCUGCCGCCUGCCCGCCUGCCUCCCCUGCCUCCCCCUUGCCGCCGCGACCGCGACCGCCGCUCGCUGUCGAGGCCAGGCUAGUAGAGGAGGAGUAGUAGUAGUCAAGCCCGAGGCCACCCACCCAGGCUCACACCUCCCCCGCUCUCUGCUCAGGCCGCCCCCUCCACGCCACACACACGCGACGCGCGGCUUCCCUUCCAUUCCCCGGCGACCCGGAUCCCGCGCCCGCGUCGUCAGCUAGCUUCCCCGGCGAGACGUCCGCCGCCCGGAGCCCAGUGAGCUGUGCGGAGGGUCUGGGUGUGCCGGCCCGCGGGCGUUGUUGGAGCAGAUCCAUGGAGCCGAGCCAGUAGAUCGCGAGGAGUGUCCUGCUUGCUGCUGUUUUGUUGGGUUCUAGCCAGUUUUUAGCGGCGUUCGGCUUGGAAGAUAUGGCCGCGGCGAUGGACGUGGCGAACCCUGGAGCGGCUGCUUCCUCAGGAAUGUCAAGCGAUGCUCUGUACCGGGAGCUAUGGCAUGCGUGUGCCGGUCCGUUGGUCACAGUGCCUAGACAAGGCGAGCGCGUCUAUUACUUCCCCCAGGGCCAUAUGGAGCAGCUCGAGGCGUCUACACAUCAGCAGCUUGACCAGUACCUACCCAUGUUCAACCUACCAUCCAAGAUCCUAUGCAGUGUUGUCAAUGUGGAACUACGGGCUGAAGCUGAUUCAGAUGAAGUUUAUGCUCAAAUUAUGCUGCAACCAGAAGCUGAUCAAAGCGAACUCACCAGCCCGGACCCUGAACUACAAGAACCUGAGAAAUGCACUGCACAUUCCUUCUGCAAGACACUGACAGCUUCAGAUACGAGCACCCAUGGCGGUUUUUCUGUUCUUAGGAGGCAUGCUGAAGAAUGUCUUCCUCAGCUGGACAUGUCUCAGAAUCCACCUUGCCAAGAACUGGUUGCCAAAGAUCUUCAUGGCACCGAAUGGCAUUUCCGGCACAUUUUUCGAGGACAACCCAAGAGGCAUCUCCUUACUACUGGCUGGAGUGUCUUUGUUAGCUCAAAAAGAUUGGUCGCUGGUGAUGCAUUUAUUUUCAUGAGAGGUGAAAAUGGUGAGCUAAGGGUUGGCGUAAGGAGGCUCAUGAGACAAGUAAAUAACAUGCCGUCAUCUGUCAUAUCAAGCCACAGCAUGCAUCUUGGAGUCUUGGCAACAGCCUCCCAUGCCAUCUCCACUGGAACCCUCUUUUCCGUUUUCUACAAACCAAGAACUAGCCGCUCUGAUUUUAUUGUGAGCGUCAACAAGUACCUUGAAGCUAAGAAGCAGAAAAUAUCUGUUGGAAUGAGGUUUAAGAUGAGAUUUGAAGGUGAUGAAGCUCCUGAAAGAAGGUUCAGUGGAACAAUUGUUGACAUCGGGAGUUUGCCGGCAAUGUCAAAAUCUCUGUGGGCAGAUUCUGACUGGAGAUCUCUAAAGGUCCAAUGGGAUGAGCCUUCAUCUAUUCUUCGUCCAGAUAGAAUCUCACCAUGGGAAGUGGAACCACUGGAUGCAGCUAAUCCGCAAUCCCCUCAACCUCCAUUAAGGAAUAAGCGUGCACGACCCCUGGCUUCACCUUCUAUGGUUGCAGAACUGCCUUCAGGCUUUGGACUCUGGAAAUCCCCAACGGAUUCAGCUCGGACUCUCUCAUUUUCGGAACCGCAACGUGCUCGGGAGCUAUUUCCUUCAAUUCCUCCAUCAGCCUUCUCAUCGUCAUCAAACGUCAGUUUCAAUUCAAAGAAUGAGCCAUCCAUGCUAAGCAGUCAGUUCUACUGGUCUGCAAGGGAUACAAGAGCUGACUCUUGUGCUGCUAGCACCAACACAGUCAUAGUUGAAAAGAAGCAAGAACCAAGUUCUGGUGGUUGCAGAUUGUUUGGAAUUGAUAUAUGCUCAGCUGAGGAAGAAGUAUUACCUGUGGUUACUGCACCAGGUCUUGGUUAUGACCAAACUGCUGCCUCAGUAGAGUUGAACUCGGAUAAGCUCUCACAGCUAUCUGAUGUCAACAAUUCUGAUGCCCAAGCAGCUAGCAGUGAGCCAUCACCUCUUGAAUCCCAAAGCCGGCAAGUGAGGAGCUGUACCAAGGUAAUUAUGCAAGGAAUGGCUGUUGGAAGGGCUGUAGACCUGACAAAGCUUAGUGGCUACAGUGAUCUUUGCCAUAAGUUGGAGGAGAUGUUUGAUAUCCAGGGGGAGCUAGGUUCCACACUCAAGAAAUGGCGGGUCAUUUACACUGAUGAUGAGGAUGACAUGAUGCUUGUGGGGGACGAUCCUUGGAAUGAGUUUUGCAGCAUGGUGAAAAGAAUUUACAUUUGCACGUAUGAGGAGGCAAAGAAGCUGACAUCCAAGUCAAAGCUACCGGGUAACAGUGACACCAGCAAGUUGAGCGAUGUAAACUCACCGUCUGAAUGGGUCAUCUAACCUGGAGUCCGUCUAUAAACAAAGACUGCAACUCGCUAACGCCCCUCUAAUUCUGUUCUUUCUACCGUUCAUGGGGUAAAAAUGCCAUCAUUGCUCCGUGGGCUGAAGUCACUGUUUGGCAUUCAUUUGCCUUGAAUUUUGGAGGCUUUUGGAUUGCCAGGCCAGCAUGGGCCUCCUGGAAGAGGUACUUGUGCCAUUUCCCAUUUGUUUGCGCUGUUGGUUAGGAGCCAUCAGCCAUGGCAUACUCGCCAGGUGUCGGGUUUGAAGAAAGGACCCGUCAACUGCAAGGUGGACAAUGCCUUGCCUCUCCUUCCACUGCUUAGCUAGUAACUAGGACUAUGUAUGUAAUGAAUGUAUAUAGUGUCGUUAGGCUGCCCUGCCCAAUAUGCCCUGGUAUUGAGGUUCGGGCAUUUGUAUGCAUUGAUUGCAGUUUGGUAAUUGUUAUCGUUAGCAGCAAGAAACCUGAGGGUGUAGGUGGUGUGGAUGUAUGUUUCUUUCAGCAACAAUCUUUGUGGAAGCGAUCUGUACAUAAUCUACUGUUUAAUAAGCAAUGCUGUGCAACUUGUGCUCCUAGCCUUGCACCUUCCACAGUUC